AUGCAGAAAGAAAAGAACUACAACCCGGUGCAGGCCCAGCGGAAGGCUGAUAAGGCAAAGGCUAUCAAGAAAGCACGCAAUGAGCGGCUGAGCAAGAAGAACCCAGACCGGAUACGGAAGCAGGUUGAGGAUCUCAAAGCCAUUACAGAAGGCGGUGGAAAGCUCACGACACACGAAGAGCAAGUGCUGGAGGGCCUUGAGGCGGAAUUGAAAGCUGUGAUAAAGGCGCGGGAGGCCCUGGGCGACAAGGCACCGACAUUUGGUCGUACCGAUGUGCCGCAUCGUGGACACAACAGACACGACAAACACGGCGGACAUGACGGACGCGACAGGCAUGAUGGUUUUGGUAGGAAACGGCGACGCGACGACGACAGCGACAACAGCACGGACAGUGACGUGCCAGACUACGUUCGAAGCAUCCCGAUGCCACGUGACACACCUCCACCGAUACCGAAGCGAUACCUCGAUGAUUGGUAUGCUAAACGACGUGCAAAGAGGAACGCUAAUGCCAACUCGGAGCCACUGGGAGAGGGCCGCAGUGUAGGUCGCAGUGAGGGCCGCAGCGAAACGGGCAGGGAGUCAUCAACUCCUUCGGCUGCUUCGUCGACUGCUCCGCCCAAGCCUGUUGAGGUUAAGACGGUCUACGAAGCGAAACCCGUUGUCAGAGACCUGCAAAAAGAAGCAGUGUCGGCCUUCAUGCCAACAGUCGUGCGACGAAAGCUGGAGAAGAGCCGAGGCAUGGGCGGGUUGCUAGAGCCGGAAGAGGCGGAUCAGCUCGAGAGGGAAGGCUACCUUAAGAGUUCCAUACCGGCGGCUAGCAGUGACGACAAACUUACCGACAGCCACGGUAACUACAGCGGUGGAAUAAAGACGAAAGAGCCCGCUGCGUCUCAACAGUCUCGCGCGAGUGGACCAGGGGCGUACCAUGCCACAGUGGAGGACGCCGAAGACGAGGAAGGAUGA